AUGAUCGUCGCUUUGCAGCGUGUUCGAUCUUUGCUGCCUGGCCAUGUCGCUGCCGCCGCUUGCCCGACCUCGGGGUCCGGGGAUGGCGGCCCGACCAUCGCGUCGUGCUGCGGCGCUCGCCUGCAAUGCGACGAGGACGGGGAUGACGCGACCGUAACAACGAAAAAUCCCGCGGUAACAGGCGGGUAUUCUUCUAGUAGCAACAAAAUCGACAAGCAGGUGGAACAAAUCGCGGUGACAUGGCGCUGCUGGCGCCUAAUCCACUGCCGAGCGGCCUCCGCCUCCGCCUCAAGCGCACCAACGCCACGGUCGCCGCCGCGAGAUCCCCUAGUGUCCACGUCCACCCUCUCCCCGACGAGCUCCAGCUGGUCGCGGACAUCCGCUCCCCUUACAACCACAUCCGCGUUGCCGACGUCUCCCCACGGGCCGCGGGCCACCCGCUCGCCGGCGCUCGCCUCCUCCUCCUCGACGGGCCGGGCAACAUCCACUCCCCCUCGCCGCGCCGACCAGCCCCCGCUCACCGCCACCUACCUGGACGCCUUCGCCACGCUCCCGCCUCUCCUCCCGCGGCCGUCCCUCGCGGUCCUCGGCUUCGGCGCCGGCUCCGCCGCGCGCGCGCUGCUCCACUUCUACCCGGACCUCUCCGUGCACGGCUGGGAGCUGGACCCCGCGGUGCUCGCCGUCGCCCGAGACUUCUUCGGCCUCGCGAAGCUGGAGAAGGACCACGCGGCGCGCCUGUCCGUGCACGUCGGCGACGCGCUGGAGUGCCAGGCGCCGCUCGGCGGCGGCUUCGGCGGCGCCGUGGUCGACCUGUUCGCCGGCGGGAGCGUGCUGCCGGAGCUCCAGGAGCCGGACACGUGGCGGCGGCUCGGCGGGAUCGUGGCGCGCCGGGGUCGGAUGAUGGUGAACUGCGGCGGCGCGUGCGUGGAGGCCGAGGAGGAGGGGAGGCACGGCGAGUCGGUCAAGGACGCCACGCUGCGGGCGAUGGCCGCGGCGUUCGGGGAGGGGAUGGUGUCGGUGAUGGACGUGGAUGAGAGCUGGGUGGCCAUGACAGGGCCGCCGGUGACGGUGCCGGAGGUGGCGGCCGCGUGGAAGGCGCGGCUACCCCCGGAGAUGCGGCAUUUCGUUGACGCGUGGAGACCGUACAACGGCUAA